CGUGGGUGGACUGGAAAGGAAAUUUAAAUACGCUGUGCAGGCAAUCUCAGAUCAGUGUUCUGGUGGACAAUCGUUCCCUCGGAUCAGGUUUACUGUAAGGUUCAUACUGGGACUUACUGUUGCAAGCUAACUGCUAGUGUUUUGAUAGGAACAGCAUAUUUCUGCGGAGUUACCAAGUCUCUUCUAGACUCUCGCACUGCCCACGCACAAUCAAUACAUUGCUCAAGCGUGCAUUGCGUAUGCAAUACACAGGUGUACUCUCUGAAAUCUUUACUGCCGGCCAUGUGAGAAGCCUAUAAGCCAGGAAAACGUCUGGUUGUCAUGGUAACGAAUCACCUCAGAUAUAGGGUCCAUGCUCUACUAGCAAAAACUGAAGCCUAAAAUAUGUGAUGCUUCUAAAGACGCCAUUCAUGCCUGGAACAUCCAUUCAAUACAUGCUUCAGUGGUAAAAGAAGUAAAAAAAUUACGGGCAAAGUCUAAAGGCAAAGUUGGCAAUACAAAGGCAGAAAAUGUCCAUCCUUCCAAUGUCAGUAAAACUGGGACAAGCUCGGCAGAUAGACACCAAGAUGGAAACCAAUCCGUUCAGCUGGCACCAUUUAAAUUCAUAAACAUCGAGACGGAAAAUGUGUUCAGAAUCUUAUGGCUUUUAUGCAGUAGAGUUUUCAGUCCACUAUAGAAAGAUUUUGCGAUGCUUGAACUCGAAAUGUGCUUGUCAGAACCGAGAGAUCAUUAGACAGACAAUGUGAGAGUAUGAUGAUGCGUAUGUGCUUUUUAAACUAUAAAACUUGUUGACUCGGAACACAUGGUGAAAUCUUUGAUAACGAUUUAUAUACUUGUCCAUCGCUAUGCGUCAGAUGUGCUAACAGAUAAUAAAAUCAGGGAAACAGGAUGGCGUGGCACACGUGUGGGUCUUUCCGAUACAGCCAACAACUUAGAAUACAUUGACUUUUUGUCGUAACUUUUCCAUUAACUCACUAUGAUGGGUAACCAGGGUGAUCCGCCAGAGAGCAAUCAGAAUGUCGUCGGGCCGUAUCAAACACCCAUACAGCCUGGUGAGGUGUUAAGGCCAUGCGAGGGUGUUCCGGAAGGUUCUCAACGUGGAACAGAAACCAUGAUGCCAAGUGGAAGGGGUGGCUUGGGGCAGGAGAAGAAAGGUCAGUUGUCGGGGGUGCCAUUCACGCAGCGACAACGUUUGCUAUUGGAGGGUGCUCCUCAUUCUAGUGAGCCGUAUCGUGUUUUGUCUUCAUUCGAGAUCAGGGAGGCACAACAGUUCCAUAUGCAAGGGCAGUCGGCAGAUUAUUUAUCUGUUUGGGAAAAACCUAGGAGUAAGUCAGAGACGGAUAAGGAGACAGUGAUGACGCCUGUUUGGGCCCGGCAGUCGCACACCGAGUUUGUGUUUCCCCCAACGCAGGAAAAGGUUGAGGAGUGUUAUCCUAAACCUGAAAAGAUGGGUUCUUUUCAAGGGCAGACAACUGUCGGUUAUACUUUGCCAGAAAAGGUAAUAAAGGUGGAAGAAAGCCAACAAGCAACGCAGGGUCUGUUGAGCCCCAAAAUUGAACAAGAUGAAAUUGAAAAACAAUCAGAAUUAAGUCCCCUGCCAAUGACACCAACGGGUCAUAACCCACGACAUCACAACUUUAAGAAGUACCUGCGGGCCAGGUAUCUGUCCAGUCAGGAAAGUGCAGAAGGAUUAAGUGACGUCGAAAUGACAAGAGACGAUCUUAGGGAUGACGAUGAUGGUGUUUUUGAAAUGGAAGGGAAGGAGGAGUUCCCCGGUGCUAAACGGCCAACAUAUUUGUCGGGGUCGCCAACUAUAAUGACAUCAAAAGCGGGACAUGUCUCAGGAGUUCAAAUGGAACCUUUGGAUUUAUCUCGUUCACCUGUUACUCAAACGGUUGGACCAAUGGACGUGCAGACCAAUAUCAAACCAACGCCCCCUGACCGUAAACCUCGUUGGCGGGAUUUGAAUUUGCGAGUUGAAACAGAAAUGACUGCUGUCUCACCAGUUCCUAUCAGUCCAAGAUGGCGUACUCCGCCACGGAGCUCUCCGGUUAAUAUUGUUGGGCAUCCGCAGUGCAUUCAGUCACAGUUUCUGAUGCCGGUUUCCUCUCCCGGCUUAUCUCAAUCGCCUGGCUUGUCUCCACGUUACUCUCCAACAACGUCCCCUGGACUGGCUUCUCCUACAUUCCAAUCCUAUCUCGGUAGCCCAGGGAUGGCCAUCUUACAAGAGAUGCCAAUGCGUUGUGGCUCAUUGACAGACCUCCGUUCACCCGCCCAAACUGGACAAGCACCACCUCACCGGUUUAUAUUCCCGCCUUCACCCGACACAUUUGAAAGCUCGAUCAAGCGUGACUCUAAGAGCCCAUUUUCUUGCCCAAUUUGCUCACAGGUUUUCCCGUCAUAUGACAAUUUAGCUAAACACAUGGCGAAGCAUUUACCAACCGAGACGGUGCGUUCUCCUGACAAUUCAAAGAUACAUUACUGUAAAGUGUGCAAUAGGGCGUUCUCACGGAGUGACAUGCUGACGCGACAUAUGCGCCUUCACACCGGUCUGAAACCAUACGAGUGCAAAAUCUGCGGACAAGUUUUCUCACGGAGCGAUCAUCUUAACACUCACCAGAGGACGCAUACCGGUGAGAAGCCGUAUAAAUGUCCGCAGUGUCCGUACGCUGCUUGCCGUCGUGACAUGAUCACACGGCACAUGAGAAUCCACAUGAAACGAUGGAGUAAACGGUCGCCGUUUAGCUCGACGAGUUCUGACGACUCGGCGCGUCCAUGGUCGAGUAGCGAGUCAGCAGAGUCGCACAGCGACCGGCAUUUAUCAGCCUCCUCGAUGGAGAGUUCGGAACUCGAUCCUAGUCCGCGUACCUGCUCAAUGUCUAGUAACGAGGGUGUAGAAUUAGAACUAUCAUCCCAGAGACCAUGGCUUCGACACGACAGCGCGGAUUUCAUCGAAUCUGCAGAUUUUAGUGGGAGCGCCUCGAGUACGAGUCGGACAUGGUCUGUGACAAGCCAGGAUAGUGUCCUGGAGCCACCUAUUGAGAGGUUUGAACAAUGCUCAGUACGGUCUGACGACUCUCCACAGUCAAACAAGAGUUAAUUUUAAACUGUUUGUAUGAUGUCUCUGGCAGUGCACAAGUUAACUUCAUAAGGUCACCACACGUCUUUGAUUUUAGCUCCCCCUUCCAAAGAAGUUCAUCGUUCAUUUUUUUAGCCUUCCUUAAAAAAAUUCAAAUAAGUUUUUUCAAUUGACCAUACUUUUGGUGUUUGUCCAUAAAUGAUCAGGUACCACCACACUUUAUUUAUUAUUUGGAUCACAAAUCGGUAUUUGAAAAAAAUUUGCCCCGCUUGGAUUUUUGGAGUGAAAAAGGAUAAUCUGACUUUCUUUGAGAUUUUUAUCUUGUUCACUGCCAUAUUGACUUUUAGUGCCAACUAAUAGAGCUUUAAACGGAACUAGUCUGGAAAGUUACAAGCUAUAGAGGGACAAGAGAAAAUGUAUCUAGUGCUGACUCUAGUGGCAGUAAGAUGAAGCUCAACUUUAAUGACGACAAGACGAGGGGUUUUUAGAUUAGGCAGUGCAAGGAGCAGAUCGUGAAUAUAAAAAACGCACAAAUUUUGGUGACAUUCCUUGUUGCUAGGGCAACUUGACCGUUGCUGUAGCAACAAGAUCGGUUGCUGUGUAACUGGGAGUGUUACUAAAACAAUUGAUAAUGUACUGUUGUAUAAUGAUGAUUAUUACUAGAUGUUAAUGGUUUUGAUGUUUCGAUGUUGAACAUGAACAUUAUUUGUAUCUUUAUAUGACACUUCCAGUGACGUUUGGAGGCGAGGCAUUUUUUGUGGCUGUUAUCAGGUCGAAUUCACUAGCACAAAUGACUUUUACUGUUUUCAUGAUUUUUGUACUGUCUUAUUAAAUGUACUAUGGAUAAGUAGUAGGCGGUUGUGAUCAUACAAGUUAUGGUAUGUUUUUUAUUGUAAAUACGAAAGGUGAAUAUUGUGUGUGCGUGUGUGUGUGUGUUUGCAUGUCUUAAAAAGUCAUCUGUCAGCAUGGCCUCUCUGCACAAAUUGAAUGUUUUUGACCUGGGUUCAGUUUCAGGCCACUAGAGUGUGCUAAAAUUGUUAAAAUCAUGUGUAUACUUGCAAAAGUUUUGUCAAACUUGACAUUUUAUACCAUCUCAUGCAACUGAUAACCUGGUGAAGUGAAAUGUUUGCAAAAACAAAAUGUGGUGAAUUUGUUCAUUUUCCUUCUCAAGGCAGGAGACUGGAUUCCACUGCUGAGUUGAAAUUUUCACAAAGUUUGAUAUUUGUGUUUGCUCACCUAAUCGCAAUGAUAAACAGUUGCAAACAAAUAUUUCUCCUGAAUAUGAGGUUAACGCUUGGUUAAGAAUUCGCUGUAUCUCACUCCCAGUACCCUAACGGUUUAACAUGUUGUUACAUGUAUAACUUCAAGAGUUAAUAAAGACUAGUCUCUAAUCAUUCAUAAUAACAUGUUAUUGAAGCCCAUCAAUUCGUUCAGUUGUACUGAAAAUAAAUUAAUAAAGCUACCAAAUUGGUGUCCACUUUGUGAAUUGCAAAAUAUAUUCACCUAUAAAGGUUCUCAUAUGAAAUUUUUGUUAUCUUAAAAAAGUGAGUGGUGGAAUUUGUGUCAUAUUAUGGUAGUAUGAGGAGGAUAGAUUUUCCCAUUGUUGAAUUCUUUUUAUUGAUCAAUUUAUGAAUUUUGAAAUUUAUCAUAUUUCUUGACCUUUCUCCCAAUAUUUCUCGGGUCAAUAUCCGGUUGCUAUUUUUUUGCAGUAGUUUUCAUUCUUUUGAAGAAGUGUAUCCAAGGAUGACAUGAUUUGGUCACAUGAUAACGAUUGACCAAUCAGCUACUACAUAAUGUGGUCACGUGACACUGAUUGACCAAUCAAGCAGCAGGAUGCUCAAUGUGUCUAAUACUCGGCAUUAUCAAUUGUUAUACGAAAUAAGAAAUUAUGAAAUUUGUUUGGAAAAAAGAUGGACUGCUGCAAAAAUCGUAUCGGAUGUAUUGUUUGGGAUGAAGCUCUUGAAAUAGUCCAAGCCUUUCAAUGACAAAAAAUUGAAAAAUUAAGAAAAUGUGUAAGUACCCUGUAAUGUAUUCAGAAAUUUCAGAAUUUAAACAUAAAUGUAAGCAUUUGACCAGGGUGAAAACCACUAUUAACCACUGUUAAUAAAAUCUAUACUUUUGUGGAACAUUCACGACUGAAACCUUUUUUUAAAUCAUAUACUCUUACCCUUUCUUCGCUGCUGAACAAAGCUUCAAUUUUUUUUACGUUAUUUUUUUCAUUAUCACAAAGAUAUUUGUGCACAUGCGCCCCGCCGCCUAUUUUGGGCAACAGAGGUAAAUUCUGAAUUUGUAAUUGAAAGGCUUGAUGAUGUUGGCAUAAUACACAGAUGUCCUGAUACUGUUUCUCAAAAAAUCCGGUGGAAUAAAUUGUGUUUGUUAUGCAGUUCUAACAAAUUCUCGCGUGCCAUGCCUACAAUAUUUGAAAAAGACUGUUGAUUUUUGUCAAGUUGACCCUGUGAAUAUACUGAAUGUAUAAAUCAAACUAAAAUUACAAUGAAAAUGUGCUAAUCAAGAGCUUGCCGCGCCAACAAACGUUUAUGUCAAAAUGUUUUGAGAAUCAUUGACUUUUGGAGAACUUUCUGAUAAGUGGUCUUGUCAAUAGGCUUUGGCAAUUCUUAAUAAUUUGGUCAAUUUUCAUCUGGUAGAAGGUGGUUGGCAGAGUUCAAAACAGGCCUUUGUUCUUGUUUAAGUUAUCUCUAGAGUGUGUUUCGACUGACCAGAGUGAAAAUCAUGGCGCAGUCUGUUCAAAUACUGUUUUGGCCCAGAAUUUGUCUCUACAUGUAGUUAUGGUGAAAAGUGCAGUGUGUGCUCAGUUAAAUGGUGGUGAUCUAGCAAUAAAUAUAAGGAUGGUUAUAUCUAAAUUCUAUUUUGAGUGCAUUUGAUGUGCAUCCUCUGGUGGAACUAGGCCUGGCCUAUAGGACCAGACAAUACAUGUAAAUAUUAUAAUGAAACUAGACAUACUAAAAAAACACACACAAUUUAACCGAGCUCAACCUGUAGUUACUGUUAUGGUGAACCCGCACUACAAUUGGUGGUCUGUUUGUAAAAUGAAUCUUUUUUAUUGUUCAAAAAUGUUUACACUUCCUCUGCGGUGGUUUGGUGCAUCUACCUGUCUUGGUAUAUUCUUUUGCCAGCAUGUAAAAUCACUGCAGAGUUCUCUGUCUUUUUAUAGCCCUGCUGUAUGCCAUUUCACCUUCAAAUUAACUUACCAAUUUCGAAUUAACAAAUCAAGUAAGGCUUCGACUUCAAAGCAGUCUGAAUGACUCAUUCAGACUGCUACUCUAAAAUAUACAUUUGAAAAAAACCACACAUUAUUGAAGCAACAUUUCCUAAAAAAGGGCUUGACUGCGUUUACAUUUUCAUACACUUUGGCUUUAAGAAGAACCUAAGGAGUUCAUCUUGCAUGGCUAUCUUUAUGAGGUUUGUGCAUCUGCUUUAUUUACGGCCCUACUACAUUUGUUUUGAUGUUUAGAGCCUAACCUCCUCUGAGCCCUGAUAAGGUACAGAAGUGACACCCAACCCCCC